AUGACUUACGAAACAAUUUCGGUUCGAAUGAAUCGAUCUGAUAGAAAUAUUCGAUGGGGUUUCACAGUAAGACAACAAGCUGAUGGAUUGGUUAUUGAUAGAGUGAGUUAGGACAACUUUGAGAUAGUAUAACUGGAUUAGGAUUGUCAGAAAAAAAUCGUGCAACUCGAGAAAAAACUUCCAAUUUUUAAAAAUAGUUGUUGGAUUUCUAAAGGGGAUAAGUUUUGAAUAAAAAUCUACGGAUACGUGGUCCAAAAAUUUGGAACUUUUUUCCUGGGCCUAUUUUUUAACUUCAAAACCUCAGAGCUUCCUUUGGACUAUAACUUUAAAUCUUAGAACAGUGUUCACUAGUACCUCAGUUAUUUUUCAAAACGAACAUGAUUUUUGUUCGUUCGAAACUACAGUAAUUUAUCAAUUAUCUCUCAUUUUUCCACCCACACAAGAGAUGUCAAAAGAACUCAUCACCAAAACACAUUGUUUUUUUCCAGAUCGAACCUGAUUCACUUUCUGACAAAGCUGGAGUCAAACAUAAUGAUAAAAUUGAACAGGUAAAUAUGAGCAAUGUUUCAAAAGUUUCUAUUUCGUUUCAGAUAAAUGGAAGACAAACUCGCGGUUUGGAUGCGAACACAGCAAAUCGAUUGAUCGAUGAUUCUUUUAAUGAAGUUCGACUUUCACUUCAAAGGUUCACAAUUUUUUAAAAUCACUUAAACUAUGAUUUUUACAGAUUUGUAACAUCUCACACUUGCCUCCCAUGGACUUUGAACGAAAAAGACAAUAAAAUGGUUGUUGAAGACAUGAAACCAGGAUUUGGAAAUGGAUUCGGUCAUAAUUUCAAUAAUGGUUCAACAAACUACAGUAACGUAUGUUUUCUAUUAGUUUCGUCCAUUUUUUCCAAAUAGAAAAAUUUAGAAUAAUUUCGGAAACAAUCAUUUCAAUCAAAACUCAUCAUCAGCCUACAAAACUUCGUCAACAACUCAAAAUAAUAGUCAAAGGUGGGAGGAUGCUAUCGGAUUUCCAUAGAUUGGAUAAUUUGAACACAAACUGUUUAUAAAAUAUGUAGAUAAUAAUUAUUUGAGAAUGAAAUAUUUAGAAAUGAAACUAAUUGCAUGAUUGUAGUGAAAGCUUGAAUGUAUAUUUCUUGAAAUUUUCAGCAGUACUUAUCAUUCUUCUUCGUCUUCAAACAAAAAUGGACAUGUUAUUCCAACAACUUUGAUUGGAAACAAUACAUUUUCAAAUAAUUAUCGAGCUCCGUUUGGAAAUGGAUUUGAUAAUCAUAUUACUUCAACAAGAAAUUAUAUCAAUCAAUCACCUAAUAAUUAUAAUUCAACUCCAGCUGCUUUUCAUGAAAGUAAUAACAAUAAUCAUUAUUCAACUUCAAAAAGUACUGCUCCAUUCUCAUCAAAUCAAAAUAAUGGGGGAGAUCGUUUCUAUAACCAUCACGUUCAAACUAAACCAGUUUCACCAAUUCCACCUCCAUCUACUUAUAGUUAUAAUAAUGGUGGAAGUUCUCAACAAUAUGGAAAUGGUUCUGGAGGAACUCCACUUAAUCAACAAACAUUUAUAAAUACAAACAAUUUGUCGAAUUAUUCGGGAGCUGUUUCGCCAGGUGGAAAAACAUAUUAUCAUUCACCAUCGACUAGAAAUCAUAAUGAUUUAUCACCAGGAGCUUCGAUUCAUGUGAGUCCGAAAAUUAUAUUAUUUUUGGAAAAAUUAAUCAUUAUAUCUAUUAUAGCAUCUUCAAUACAAUUCUCCAAUGAAUUUGUAUUCUUCUGAAUCAGCUGCUGAACAAUAUUUCCAACAAACUGGAAAAUCUCCAGAAGGACCUGUUCCUCAUGAUAAAACACCUGCAUAUCUUACUUCUGAAGCAAGAAAGGUUUGAAAACAUAUUUAUUCGGACAUAAUUUGAAAACUAAUUGAUAUUCUUUAGUUAAUCGAGGAAGAAGCUCGAGGAAGAAAUAGCCGUGGGAAAUCGCCAUCGAGUCAAAGUUCAUGCUUCAAACGUAUUUCGCAUGCUGUCGGAGCUGAUAAUUAA